AUGCGGCGAGCACGUCCAAAAUCUUACGUGUUGGCUACGUCUACGAGCUUUCCAGAAACUGAGCAGAUGUCGUUCAGUCAAGAUGAAAGCAGAGAGUUAUCAUCACAUGGAUCGUUGUCGUCCAUUGAUCGAACUCCUCGCUUAGCCAAUCGCGUGCACAAUCAUUCACAUUCACAUCGUAUUCAGAAAUUCAUAGCUUUUUUCACUCAUCAGUUUAUUGAUGUGCUUGAGGACAUCCACGGCGGCGCCCGUGCUAGCGAAUUUAACCAACUUCAUUGCAUAAAGCGGCGUCCUGAUCGUAGCCCUGAAUUGUGGGCCUGUCAACCAUGGCUCGUUGCUGUCCAAAAAGUGCUCCAGAAUUCGUCGAGUCCACUGCUGUUAGCUGGACGAAAUGAAUUUCAGGAGCUGGCACUGGGAAAAAGCGGUAAGCGGCGAUCGUGGGAGGAGUGCUGGGCGAUGUUAUACGAGCAGAGCCUCUAUCUGUGUGCUCAUGAGCCGAUUGCAAAAGUAGCUGAGACCACGGGCGAGAAGAGCCACAUAUCGACUCCAUUCCAGCUUAUUCACCUACCGCCUUGUGCACGUGUCGACGUUAAUUCGUCGAUCAUCGACAUCGCCUACGAAUGGCUGGCAAUGAGCCGCACGAAGCACGUCAUCCGUCUCGUGACACAAACUAGAACUGAACAUCUGUUUGAGUUGGACAGUGAAGCUGAAAUGCUGUCGUGGAUUGCAACUCUUCAAUCCUGUGCUGAAGGUACGAUGUCACCAGAGUUGUAUAGUUCAUGUUCCAUGUGGAUUCGAUUCCACGACAUCCGCAGUCAUUUCGGGUUGGAUGGGGAAGAUAAGGGAAAGGAAGUCGACUCGGCGGAGUCAUCAAGCGGGGCCGCUUGCGCCAUGACAUCAUCGCAGUCGCCUGAGUCCUAA